AUCGAACAAGUAUUAAGGUAAUCGGUGUGGUUUUCCUCUUACGAAACUUGGUCACACCUAAACUCGGGGGGCAAAUAAAAAUAAUAAUUUGUUAUAAAAUAAACAUUUUAGUUCCUAUUUGGGCCUUGAGCUAACAAAAUGCACCUGACGCUGAUCAAUUUGUUCAAGAAGACUGUGCCUGGUCACAUAUUCCGAGGCAAGCGGCGCCUGGUAAAGCCGGUGAGCCAGCGAGCAAUGGACACCCUGACCCGCGAGUACGAGCGCCAGGAGCAGGUGAUGCUGCUCCUCCGGCACCCGUAUAUCACCCUGGAACAAUCUUCCGGCCACGCCAAGGAGUUGCAAAAGCGGGAGAAGCUGGUGGCCAAGUGGACGGAUGAGCAGACACUGCGCAAGAUGAAGCCACACGUCACCAUCGAGGAGCGGCUAAACCAGCUGAAGAUCAAGGAGGCCUGGGACUAACUGUCAAAGCUGCAAAGUCGGCGUUACUCGUUAAAUAAAUCUAGAUGUUAUGGAAAUUA